AUGGUGCCCCUGGCGCUCUCGAAGGCCCCUUGGACACAGUUCCUGCCCUUGAGAACUGGGCUGGAGGAGACAAGCAUGUACCGCCGUUGGCCCCGCCCCGCCUGCGCUCGAUUGCUCCUGUCUGGCGGCGGUAGCAGCAUGGCGGCCGUGGAGGUGCUGGAUGUCGGCUCAGCCCCACAGUUUGAGGAGCUGCUGCGCCUCAGAGCCAAGUCCCUGGUCGUGGUCCACUUCUGGGCGCCGUGGGCCCCGCAGUGCGCGCAGAUGAACGACGUGAUGGUGGAGCUGGCCCGAGAGCACCCGCAGGUCUCCUUCCUGAAGUUGGAAGCGGAAGCUGUUCCCGAAGUGUCUGAAAAACACGAGAUCAGUUCUGUCCCCACCUUCCUGUUCUUCAAGAAUUCUCAGAAAAUCGACCGGUUAGAUGGCGCACACGCCCCAGAACUGACCAAAAAAGUCCAGCGGCACGCCUCGGUGGGCUCCUUCCCUGCCAGUGGGAGUGAGCACCCCACAGAAGACCUCGGGGUCCGCCUGAAGAAGCUGACGCACGCCGCCCCCUGCAUGCUGUUCAUGAAGGGGACCCCGCAGGAGCCGCGCUGCGGUUUCAGCAAGCAGAUGGUGCAGAUUCUCAACACACACAACAUCCAGUUCAGCAGUUUUGACGUCUUCUCGGACGAAGAAGUCCGCCAGGGCCUCAAAGCCCACUCCAACUGGCCCACCUACCCCCAGCUCUACGUCUCCGGCGAGCUCGUGGGCGGACUGGACAUCGUGAAGGAGCUGGAAGCAUCGGGAGAACUGGGUACCAUCUGCCCCAAAGCCCCCAAGUUAGAGGAAAGGCUCACCGCCCUGACGAGGAAAGCCCCCGUGAUGCUGUUCAUGAAGGGAAGCAGGCAGGAAGCCAAGUGCGGGUUCAGCAAACAGAUUCUGGAAAUACUAAACAGCACCGGAGUCGACUAUGAGACGUUCGACAUCCUGGAGGAUGAGGAGGUCCGCCAGGGGCUGAAGGCCUUCUCCAACUGGCCCACGUACCCUCAGCUCUACGUGAGAGGGGAGCUCGUCGGAGGCCUGGACAUCGUCAAGGAGCUGAAAGAAAACGGUGAGCUGCUGCCCACGCUGAAAGGAGAAAAUUGACGACCGUGGACCGCGGCCUGAGCGCGCGACCUGCCUCUGGACUGAGCAGCGGUGGCCCCGCCUCCCGGACGCGAGGGGCGGGGCUUCUUUCGGCUCCGCCCCGCGUGUGCCGGGCUGUGCUAAGUACGCGUAUUUACGUCUUUCCACCAAAAAUAGAACGCAAUAAACACUUUCAGAUUCAAUGAGCAA